AUGCAACUACUUCGAUUAAGUUCCAACCAUGUUGAAUUCACUUACAACAAGUAUGAAAAUAUGCAAUGCACCAUCAUCCUCUACAAUGAUAGCCUUACUCCAAUUGCAUACAAGGUACUAUGAAUCAGAAUUUUAGUUCAAAGCCUCAAAUAGAAAUAUCUUCUUAGUCAGACCACCACUUGGAAUCGUGUAACCUAAAGAAAACCAACUCAUCAUUGUCACUCUUCAUUGUAAAGUCCUUCAAAAUGCAUCGAUAAAUGAUUUUAAUGAAAAAUUGCAAUUGAUCUCCAUCCCGAUCUUCUCAGGAAUCUCAGAUCCCACACCAAUCUUCAAGGACUUAUGCAGAUCCUUUAAUCAUCAAAAAAUCAGCAUCGUCAUCCAAACCCCUGAAAGGAAGAUUGUCUCACAAGGUGUUGGAAGUGAUAAUCAAGUGUUUCAAUCACUUCAUAAAUAGAACAGUGAAUUAUAGUUACAGUAUAAUAAUGCAGAACCGCAAUAGCAGUAAACUAGAUUUCAAGCCAAUCCUAGUCAACCAAAUUUUUAAUUUCUUCAAUAGGAAAUAGCUUAACAAGAAUAAUAACUAGUAUAUUGUUUUGAUUAUUACCUAAGUUAAACUUCCGAAAGACGCACAGCAUAUCUAAGGAAAAAUAGGAGGCUCAACCAAUGAAGAGUUCUAAGGAUACUCUAUUUGUUGUUAUGGCGAGCAUGUUGUUCUUGUACAUAAUUUUACGAUAUUUUGAUUUAAUAAAUAGAAUUAUUCCAAAAUGA